GGCGGUUCCUGUCCAGGGGGCUGAGAGCGGCGGUGGGCUUUCAGGCGAGCGGCGACGCGAAGGGGCGCGGCGGCGGCAGCGACCCAGCGCUCGGAGCCGGCGGCUCGGCUCUGCUCCCGGAGGCCGCUUCGGAGCUCGCCCGGCUCGCGGGGCGGCGGCGGGGGCAGCUGCUCCAGGUUACGGCCUAGGCCUAGGCGAAGCCUCGGGCUCGAGUGCGCCGAGGCGCCGGCGGAGGGCGCGGCCCGGGCGGCAGGAUGAGCGUGGAAGCGUACGGCCCCAGCUCCCAGACGCUCACCUUCUUGGACACUGAGGAGGCCGAGUUGCUCGGCGCCGACACCCAGGGUUCCGAGUUCGAGUUCACGGACUUCACCCUCCCCAGCCAGACGCAGACGCCCCCCGGAGGCCCCGGCGGCGCGGGAGGCCCGAGUGGAGCGGGCGCUGGCGGCGCGGCCGGCCAGCUCGACGCACAAGUUGGACCAGAGGGCAUCUUGCAGAACGGGGCUGUGGAUGACAGUGUAGCCAAGACCAGUCAGCUGCUGGCUGAGCUCAACUUUGAAGAAGACGAAGAAGACACGUACUACACCAAGGACCUCCCAGUCCACGCCUGCAGUUACUGCGGAAUCCAUGAUCCUGCCUGCGUGGUUUACUGCAAUACCAGCAAGAAGUGGUUCUGCAAUGGCCGAGGAAAUACUUCUGGCAGCCACAUUGUAAAUCACCUGGUAAGGGCAAAAUGCAAGGAAGUGACGCUGCACAAGGAUGGACCCCUGGGUGAGACAGUGCUGGAAUGCUACAACUGCGGCUGCCGCAAUGUCUUCCUGCUGGGCUUCAUCCCUGCAAAGGCUGACUCAGUAGUGGUGCUGCUGUGCAGGCAGCCCUGUGCCAGCCAGAGCAGCCUAAAGGACAUCAACUGGGACAGCUCCCAGUGGCAGCCCCUGAUCCAGGACCGAUGCUUCCUUUCAUGGCUGGUCAAGAUUCCCUCAGAGCAGGAGCAGUUGCGGGCACGGCAGAUCACUGCACAGCAGAUCAACAAGCUGGAGGAGCUGUGGAAGGAAAACCCUUCAGCCACCCUGGAGGACCUGGAGAAGCCCGGCGUGGAUGAGGAGCCCCAGCACGUGCUCCUGCGGUAUGAGGAUGCUUAUCAGUACCAGAACAUCUUCGGGCCCCUGGUGAAGCUAGAAGCUGACUACGACAAGAAGCUGAAGGAGUCACAGACUCAAGAUAACAUCACGGUCAGGUGGGACCUGGGCCUUAACAAGAAGAGAAUCGCCUUCUUCACUUUGCCCAAGACUGACUCUGGUAAUGAGGAUUUAGUCAUAAUUUGGUUAAGAGAUAUGCGGCUCAUGCAGGGCGACGAGAUCUGUCUGCGGUACAAAGGGGACCUAGCACCCCUAUGGAAGGGGAUUGGCCAUGUCAUCAAGGUCCCUGAUAACUUAACUCAGCGUCCAGAUUACGGUGAUGAGAUUGCUAUUGAGCUCCGCAGCAGUGUGGGUGCGCCUGUGGAAGUGACCCACAACUUCCAGGUGGAUUUUGUGUGGAAGUCAACCUCUUUUGAUAGGAUGCAGAGUGCACUGAAAACCUUUGCUGUGGAUGAGACCUCCGUGUCAGGAUACAUCUACCACAAGCUGCUGGGCCACGAGGUGGAGGAUGUAGUCAUCAAAUGCCAGCUGCCAAAGCGCUUCACAGCUCAGGGGCUCCCUGACCUCAACCACUCUCAGGUGUAUGCUGUGAAGACCGUGCUGCAGAGGCCACUCAGCCUCAUCCAGGGCCCGCCAGGCACAGGGAAGACGGUGACAUCUGCCACUAUUGUCUACCACCUUGCUCGGCAGGGCAAUGGGCCUGUGCUGGUCUGUGCCCCAAGUAACAUCGCCGUGGACCAGCUCACAGAGAAGAUCCACCAGACAGGACUGAAGGUUGUACGCCUCUGUGCCAAGAGCCGGGAGGCCAUUGACUCGCCAGUGUCCUUCUUGGCUCUGCACAACCAGAUUAGGAACAUGGACAGCAUGCCUGAGCUGCAGAAGCUGCAGCAGCUGAAGGACGAGACAGGCGAACUGUCGUCUGCAGAUGAGAAGCGGUACCGGGCGCUCAAGCGCACAGCUGAAAGAGAGCUGCUCAUGAACGCAGAUGUCAUCUGCUGCACCUGUGUGGGUGCUGGUGACCCAAGGCUGGCCAAGAUGCAGUUCCGUUCCAUCCUUAUUGAUGAGAGCACCCAGGCCACUGAGCCUGAGUGCAUGGUGCCUGUGGUCCUUGGGGCCAAGCAGCUGAUCCUCGUGGGUGACCACUGUCAGCUGGGCCCUGUGGUGAUGUGCAAAAAGGCAGCCAAGGCCGGACUGUCACAGUCGCUCUUCGAGCGCCUGGUGGUGCUCGGCAUCCGGCCCAUCCGCCUGCAGGUGCAGUACCGCAUGCACCCUGCACUCAGCGCCUUCCCGUCCAACAUCUUCUACGAGGGCUCAUUGCAGAACGGUGUCACUGCAGCGGAUCGUGUCAAGAAGGGCUUUGACUUCCAGUGGCCACAGCCGGACAAACCCAUGUUCUUCUACGUGACACAGGGCCAGGAGGAGAUUGCCAGCUCCGGCACGUCCUACCUCAACAGGACCGAGGCAGCUAAUGUGGAGAAGAUAACUACAAAGCUGCUGAAGGCAGGUGCCAAGCCUGACCAGAUUGGCAUCAUCACACCCUAUGAGGGCCAGCGCUCCUACCUGGUGCAAUACAUGCAGUUCAGUGGCUCCCUGCACACGAAGCUCUACCAGGAAGUGGAGAUUGCCAGUGUGGACGCCUUCCAGGGCCGGGAGAAGGACUUCAUCAUCCUGUCCUGUGUGCGUGCCAACGAGCACCAGGGCAUUGGGUUCCUGAACGACCCCCGGCGUCUCAAUGUGGCCCUCACCAGAGCCAGAUAUGGUGUGAUCAUUGUGGGUAACCCAAAGGCACUGUCGAAGCAGCCACUGUGGAACCACCUGCUGAGCUACUACAAGGAGCAGAAGGCGCUGGUGGAAGGGCCACUCAACAACCUGCGUGAGAGCCUCAUGCAGUUCAGCAAGCCUCGCAAGCUCGUCAACACCGUCAACCCGGGGGCCCGCUUCAUGACUACAGCCAUGUAUGAUGCCCGCGAGGCCAUCAUCCCUGGAUCUGUCUAUGACCGCAGUAGCCAGGGCCGGCCCUCAAACAUGUACUUCCAGACCCACGACCAGAUUGGCAUGAUCAGUGCGGGUCCCAGCCAUGUGGCCGCCAUGAACAUCCCCAUUCCCUUCAACCUGGUCAUGCCUCCCAUGCCACCACCUGGGUACUUUGGACAGGCCAACGGGCCCGCUGCUGGCCGGGGCACCCCAAAAAGCAAGACUGGCCGUGGAGGCCGCCAGAAGAAUCGCUUUGGGCUUCCAGGGCCCAGCCAGACCACCCUUCCCAACAGCCAGGCCAGCCAGGAUGUGGCCUCACAGCCCUUCUCGCAGGGCGCCCUCACCCAGGGCUACGUGUCCAUGAGCCAGCCCUCCCAGAUGAGCCAGCCCGGCCUUUCCCAGCCAGAGCUGUCCCAGGACAGCUACCUCGGUGAUGAGUUUAAGUCACAGAUUGACGUGGCACUCUCGCAAGACUCCACUUACCAGGGAGAGCGGGCAUAUCAGCACGGCGGGGUCACCGGGCUGUCCCAGUACUAGAAGGUGGCGGCGAAAGAGCUAAGCUAUGUGGCUUAGUCUAUCAGCAUCUUAUUCUGGGUAAUAAAAAAUAAAAAUAAAUGGAUACCUGUUUUCCACUGCUAAAACUGAAGCACCACUGUGUGAGCAGCCGAGGAGAGGAGAGAGGAGCGAGAGCGAGCAGAGAGCGGCCAGGGAGGACGACGGAGUGGAGCGCCGAGGAGCGGGCGCCCCCUGCGGGCGGCGAGAGGAGAGAGGCCCGCACCGCUACGAGGCCGGCCCGGCGCCGAGCCCGCCAGAGGGAGCGGCCUCGCCAGGACCGGCCCGCUGUUCUUUUUCUUUGUUUCUCGUGAUUUGAGGGGCUAUGUUUUAGCAGGACGAACUUCGCGUUUCUGUGCCCAAGCGGGCGGCCAGGAGCGUCAUGGCGCGGUCCCAGCGCAAAGGGGUUUCAUUUAAAGAAAAUAUGGUGUUUGGGUUUUUUGUUUUAUUUUUUUUUGUUGUUUUUUUUUUUUU